UCCGUAGCAUUUUUCUCUCUCUCUUCUGUUUGGCAAGCGAGAAAAUCCAAUGCCUCCGAAAGGCAAAGACAGGCAGCGCGCCGCCGCGUCGACGCAGCAGCCGCCUCCCUCCCUCGAAGAACUAUUCGGCUCUCUCAACAAGCACAUAGAGGAAUCCGAAUUCGAAAAAGCCGUCAAGGUUGCAGAUCAAGUUCUCUCGAUUAACCGUGGCGAUGAGGACGCCCUUCGAUGCAAGGUCGUGGCCUUGAUCAAGGCCGACGACAUUGACACCGCCCUUUCCACGAUUCGAUCUUCCAAGAGUCCUCCUUCGGAUUUCAGCUUCUUCGAGGCAUACUGCUUAUACAGAAAUAACAAGCUAGAUGAAGCUCUUGAGUUGUUGAAGAGGCAAGAGAGAAAUUCUGCAACCAUGAUCUUAGAAUCCCAGAUUUUGUUUCGCUCCGGAAAGAUGGAUGCUUGUAUUGAUACAUAUCAGAACCUUCCAAAACCCAAGGUCGAAUCCUUAGAGAUAAAUUCUGCAGCUAGUUUGGUUGCAGCUGGGAGGGCUUCUGCAGUUAAGCGUACAUUGGAAGCUCUAGGGGUUAAAGCAACUAACAGUUUUGAGCUUGCAUUCAACACUGCCUGUUCUUUGAUUGAAUUGGAGAAGUAUACAGAGGCAGAACAGCUCCUUCUGAAAGCCAGAAGAAUUGGCCAGGAAGCACUGUUCUCUGAUAACGUACCUGAAGACGAAAUACAAAUUGAAUUGGCGCCAAUAGCUGUCCAGUUGGCUUAUGUACAGCAGCUUCUUUCAACAGCUCCUUGGCAGAAACAAGAGGCUGUCGAAGCUUAUACGGACAUUAUUAAACAAGAUAUGGCAGAUGAGGUAUCACUCAGUGUGGCUGUCAACAACCUCAUUGCUUUGAGAGGUCCAAGAGAUGUUUCUGAUGGCCUAAAGAAACUUGAUCGACUAAAAGAUAGGGAGAAACAAAACUUCCACCUGGCUCCUGGACUAGAAAACAAGCUUUCACCAAAACAAAAAGAAUCAAUAUAUGUGAACCGGGUCCUUCUACUACUCCAUGCGAAUAAAAUGGAUCAGGCUCGAGAACUUGUUGCUGCACUGCCAGACAUGUUUCCUGAUAGUGUGAUGCCCGUGUUACUCCAAGCUGCAGUUUUUGUCAGAGAAAACAGGGCUGGGAAAGCCGAAGAAAUUUUAGGGCAGUUUUCCGAGAAGUUCCCUGACAAAUCCAAGGUGGUUCUCUUAGCGAGGGCACAGGUUGCUGCUGCUGCUGGUCAUCCUCUUAUAGCAGCUGAGUCCCUUGCUAAGAUACCUGAUAUCCAGCAUACGCCUGCCACUGUCGCUACUCUUGUGUCUCUUAGAGAGCGUGGCGGGGACAUUGAUGGUGCAGCUGCUGUGCUUGAUGCUGCAAUCAACUGGUGGUCAAAUGCCAUGACCGAGGACAAUAAGCUCAGUGUUUUAAUGCAAGAGGCUGCUUCCUUCAAGCUCAGGCAUGGCCGAGAAGAGGAGGCUGCCCAUCUAUACGAGGAGCUUGUGAAAAGCCAUGGAAGUGUGGAAGCAUUGGUUGGGCUUGUAACUACAGUUGCUUGUGUGGAUGUUAAGAAGGCAGAAGCUUAUGAGCAGAAGCUGAAACCAUUACCAGGACUGAAGGGGGUCAAUGUGGAUAGUCUGGAGAAGACUUCUGGGGCCAAACACGAUGAGGGUGUUUCUCAUGUUAAGGUCACGGAGACCUAUGACGAGGGGAAGAGUAAGGCUAAGGCUAAAAGAAAGAGAAAGAGAAAGCCAAAGUAUCCUAAGGGGUUUGACCCUGCAAACCCAGGUCCACCACCAGAUCCGGAGAGGUGGCUUCCCAAGAGAGAAAGGUCAAGUUACAGGCCUAAGAGAAAGGAUAAGAGAGCCGCUCAGGUAAGAGGCUCCCAGGGUUCCGUAGCUAGAGAUAAACAUGAAACUGGUGCCGCUUCCAACACUUCAAACACAAAAUCAAACCAAGCAGCUACCUCCAAAGGAGCACCUCAAAAUGCAGUCGCAGAGCCAUCCAAGCCUUCUUCAUCGAAGUCACGAAAAAAGUCUAGGAACUAGUUGAAGGAUCCAAUUUUCCGGGUUGAUUUUUGUGACAGGUUGCAGAAUUUUAGACAAUUUAAUUUGGUGCCCUAGUGACUAGACAGAGAUUUUGUAGUUAAAUUAUCGGCCUUUUUUCUGCUUGCUUCUGAUUCAAGACGACAAAAAAAAUGAUGAAUUCCUUAAGAAAUUCGGUUCAGAACUCUA